AGAAAUUUUUGGAAUACAAGAACCCUCGAAUCGGAGAAUACAAAUUUAAAGGUAAAAAAUACGGCACUUGAAUCCGAAAAUACAAAUUUAAAAGUAGAAAACGCGGAACUUAAAUCAAGAAACGUAGCUCUCGAAGAAAACAAUGCGGAUCUUAAAUCAAGAAACUCGGCCUUUGAACAAAGCAAUGCGGACCUUAAAUCAAGAAACUCUGCUCUCGAACAAGACAAUGUGGAACUCAAAUCAAGAAACGUAGUUCUAGGAGAAACCAAUUUGGACCUUAUAACAAAACUUACGGUUAGCAAAAAAGAACUUGAGACCGUCAAAGAAA